AUGCCUACGACAAAGAAAACAUUGAUGUUCUUAUCGAGUUUUUUCACAAGCUUCGGGGCGUUUGUGGUAAUUUGCGCUGUUCUGGGGACCCGGGAGUGGGUCAGCAGCACCAUUUCCAUCAGUGAUAAAUCUUCGAACAGCAGCAUUGUCAUCACGUACGGACUCUUCCGUGGGCAGAGCACGCAAGAGCUGAGUCACGGACUUGCGGAAUCAGACAAAGAUUUUGAAGUUCUAGGGAAGUUGGACGACUCUACCCCUAAGACUCUGCAUUUGGUGGUUAUCCUGUUCCUGGUCCUCAGCUUGUCCACUUCGCUGCUGAGUUCCGGGUUCACCCUCUACAACAGCAUCAGCAACCCCUAUCAGACGUUCCUGGGGCCCGUGGGGGUGUACACCUGGAACGGGCUCAGCGCAUCCUUCACUUUCCUGACCAUGACCCUGUUCGUGGGGAACGUCCAAUCCAAUCACCUCUCCGAAGCCCUGGCCCGGACGCUGUACUCACAUUAUCCAUCAGCCACGCACAGAGGGACCACCCACACUUACCGGUUCUCAUUCUGGCUCAUGCUGCUCGUCAUUCUUCUGAACAUUGUCACCGUGGUCAUCAUCAUUUUCUACCAGAAGGCCAGAUACAAGCAGAAGCAGGAGCAGAGGAAGCCGGUGGAGUACGCGCCGCGGGACGGGAUCUUGUUCUGA